UUAUUUUGGACGCCUCAUUCGGCUUUCGUGACGCUUCACAAGGACCCCAGGAUGUCCAUGCUGGCAGAACCCCGGAGGAAACAGAAGUGGUCUGUUGACCCCAGGAACAGCGCCUGGAGCAAAGAUGAGUCCAAGUUUGGCCAGAAGAUGCUGGAGCGGAUGGGCUGGUCCAAGGGAAAGGGCCUCGGCAGGACUGAGCAGGGCUCCACCGAACAUGUGAAAGUGAAAGUUAAAAACAACAACUACGGUCUUGGAACCUCGGCCAGCCAAGAGGAUAACUGGAUCGCCCACCAAGAUGAUUUCAACGAGCUCCUCGCUCAGCUGAACAACUGCCAUGGUCAAAACAACAACAACAAGCCAGAACCUCCAUCAGAGGAGCAGAAAGGAUUCAGCCUGGAAGCAAAGUCCAAGACAUCCAGGAAGAGGGUCCACUACAUGAAGUUCACUAAAGGAAAGGAUCUGUCCUCCCGAACUGAAACCGACCUGAACUGUAUCUUCGGAAAGAGAGGAGGACCGUCCAAAGAUCAAGAACAGGACAGCAGCAGCGACUCUCAGGCUGAGACAGAAGAGACAGUCAGACCCCCUCCUCGUCCUCCUGUUCUUGCUCCUGCUGUAUUGGACACGGAGACCAUCACCAAUACUGUGACCAGCACUCUCAACAUCCAGGAGUACUUCGCACAGAGAAUGGCUCAGCUGAAAAGGGCUAGAGGACAGGCCCAAGAUAACGUCCCCUCCGUAGUGGAAGAGGCUGAUGAAGCUUCAAGUCCAUCCAGGGAACCAAAUCCCGUCCUGGGUGGCGACAACUCAGAGGAGCCUAAAAAGAAAAAGAAGAAGAAGAAGAAGAGCAAAAAGUCAGCGGAUGAGCAGGAAGUGGAGGAAGAGAAAAACUCAGACGUCAUCGUCAUCGAGGACGACGACGACGACCAAGAGCAGGAGCGUUCACAGAAAAAGAAGAAGAAGAAGAGGAAAAUGGCGGAGAGAGAAGAAGCUGCAGACGAGUCCUGCAGCUCCCCCUCUGGUGUGGAGCAGAACUGUGAGGAGCCGCCCCCGUCUAAAAAGAAGAAGAAGAACAAGCAUAAAAAAUGUAACGAGGACACUGAGUUAACGAAUGGACAUGAACCCACUGAGGAUCAAACUGUAGAGUCUGAGGUUGUUCAGAAAAAGAAAAAGAAGCACAGAGAGGAGGUGAACGAUGUCGUACAAGUAGAGGAGGAGGAGGAGCGAGUGGAAAAGAAAUCCAAAAAGGAUAAGAAGAAGAAAAAGAAACAUUAAGAUGAGGGUGAAAAUGUGUAGUUGCUAGUUUCAGCAGACCUUUAGACCUUUAGACCUCAGACAAACUUCUCAUGCUGUCUUAAUAUCAGAGACAUGAUAACUGGGAUACACUUUAAACGCCUUUAAUAGCAAAUCAAAGGUUGUCUUUAUGAAAUGACAUGAAACAUUUUACUACAGUGAGGAGGGGCGGGAUGUCAAACAUAUGAUUAUAUUAAAAGAACUUCAAAUGGAGCAGGAAGCCAGAUAUUUUCUCCCUACUGUGGUGAUAAUGUUCAUCCUAUCAAGAAGAAGAACAAACUCAUGACUGACUUUGUGAUUUGGAUAAACAUGGUUAAAACAAUUCAGGGUCACACUAAUUAGAAGCAGGAGUUGACUUAGUCCAGGUAAGAAAAGAACAAAUUUGCAUCCUUAAAGACCAUUGACCGUAUAUUAACAUGGACGAUGUGCCUCCAUCUGCUCACAUAGCAAAAGAAGCUAGCACACAUACAUUAGCACAUAGUCAGCAUGUUAAGAACUAAUUUAUUCAACGUGGUUUUCAUUUUCUAGUUUCAUGUGUUAACAUGGAGGUAGGAUACUAAAGCUAGUCACCAGGGGGAGCUUUAAAAAGUUUUGGCUUCACUUUUAGGGAUGCUGUUGUACUGUCCAUGCUUUUAUACAGCCAAUGAAGACACACAGUUAAGCUUUCACACUUAAAGAAAAUCAAUGUAAGCUCACCUGGCUGUUUUUUUUCUCCGAUGUCCAGGCUUUAUGCUAAGCUAACUAGCUGCUACUUGUAGCUACCUAUCUUCCACACUUGCAGGCCAAAGGUAUCAAUUUACACAAUCAACUCUGGAUGAGAUUCUGCUGAUAAUUAAUCAACAGGACAAAUCUAUUGUCCUCCCUGUGAAUCCACUAAAAUUAAAUAUGAGACGUCGUAUGUUGACAUUCAUUUUUAAAUGAUCUUGUUCUCCCAUCACUGUUAAAGCUGCAUGAAUUAGUGCUUGUAUCUUUUUAUCCAAGUAGCAACCUCUUGUCUUGAGAAUUGAAGCCAAUGUUGACGUGCCAAAAACUGCAGUUCCUCAAAUGUCCACUUGAGGCUGGCUCCAAAAGUCCCAGAAGCCACAUACACACCCAUUCUAAAAGCCCCAUCUUCACAGCAAAAAUAAACAUGCUCAUCAUAGGGGAAUUUUUUAUAACUUGUUAGUUUUGAAGACAUAAAACUUAAUUGUUUUGCAUAAUUAGGGGCACGGCUAACUUGACUGACAGGUGGGCACACUGUAGCUGUUAGUAAGGAGGUUAAUGCUUGCCUUAACUCCACCUCUUUGGGGCUUCAAAACUCCAACUACAUGUUGCAAAUGCUAAUUUGCAUGAAUUUCUGAUUCCUAAUACUAUAAAACAAAGAUUUUUUUUUUUCUUAUAUGCAUCAGUAUUCAUUUUUGUUUUGCAGGUGUUUUUAAUUUAUUGGGAGCAAAUAAUUGUCACCUUUACCAACUUUUAAGUGAAUGGAUUUUUCCCUGUGAAGUGAAACUCUGUUGUCAAUUGAAAAAUGUCUCAUACACUCAUGAGAAGUCAGAAAACAGAUCACAUUUAUAUCACGUUUUUAAUAAAUCAGAGUACUCAUACAUUUCUCA